UUAUUCCUGCCUAUUCCUUACGGCUCUCAGUCUCGUAGUGCCUGCUUCUCGGCAACCCUCAGCAGUUUGUACAGGUUAUUAGCACGCAAACGGUCGUUAAUAAGUGAUUAAUAAGUGAACUCGAGUCUUUUUCUUUUCUUUUCUUUUUCGUUCGUUCGAAAUUUUGCAUCGAGUAGUUUUUGCGAACGACAUAAUCAGUUGAAAAUCGAAUCGUCAUAAUAAAAAGAUGAUUGUCGAGCCGACAAACGGGACCGCCGAGCCCGCCAAGUCGGGGGAUGAAACUCCUGACAAAGAAAUCAACGAGGAAGAACAAAGCGAGACUCUACCUCUCGACGAGAGUCACCCGAAUAAACGCGUCAAAACUGAAAAUCGAACUGUGACGCAGCCCGCGAAAACUGUGGAAGUCAGAAGCAAGAAAUCGUUAAUACCUCGUUGCGAGAUCUGCCUUCAAAAACUUGAUGAUGAUUUGGGAUAUUAUGGUGGUCAUCCGAAUGAUGCCCUUGAAGAAUACGGUGUUUUAGUUGAUUCGAGACUAUGCUUAUUUAAUGGUGAUGAGUCUGAUAUUACAGAAGGAGAUGCAAGGGCUAUCAAUAGGAUUACCGGGUACAGUGUGUAUGACAAAAAUGGUCAUUUGGUUCCUUUUGAUGAAGGCUUGAUAGAAAAAAAUGUAUUUUUAUACUUUUCUGGAUAUGUCAAACCAAUUUAUAAUGAUGAUCCUUCUAACGAUGAUGGUAUUCCUGCUAAAGAUCUUGGUCCUAUUGUAGAGUGGUAUGUUUCUGGUUUUGAUGGUGGUGAGCAACCACUAAUUACUUUAACAACUGAAAUCGGCGACUACAUGCUCAUGAAACCGUCUACAGAAUAUGCUCGUUACAUGACCGCUGUUAGAGAGAAAAGUUUUAUAAGUAAAACAAUUAUAGAGUUUCUUAUGGAUGAAAAUGCACCCAACGAGUAUGAAGAUCUACUCAACAAGCUUGAGACUGUUUUGUUACCUACUGGAUUACCAAAAUUUACUGAAGAUAUACUAUUACAUCAUUCUCAGUUCAUAUGCGAUCAAAUCAUAUCUUUUGAUGAAGCAGCUACUGAAGAGGAUACUUUAUUAAUUACCAAGCCCUGUAUUAGGACUUUAAUUAAUUUGGCUGGAAUAUCAUUCAAGAAAGGGACAACCGCAAGGAGCAGGAGAAGAACUCGAAAAGAGGAAGAUGAUUGGAGAAGAGCUCUUAUACGCAAAGGACAAAAUGCUAAAGCAAUGGUUUUUAGCAAAGCAACUACUACUCCAUUGGUUAAUGAUGUUUUUGACAGCUUUUUCCCUAACCAAAUAGCCAAAACUAACGACGAUAAAUUAAUGUUAAAAAGAAAAAGAUGCGGAGUUUGUGAACCUUGCCAGCAACCAGAUUGUGGUUCAUGUGCUAAUUGUAAAAAUAUGUUGAAAUUUGGAGGGUCUGGAACCAGUAAGCAAGCUUGUGUAAGACGUAGAUGUCCAAAUAUGGAAAUUGAAGCUGCUGCUGAUGAUGAUGCAGAAGGACAAGAAAAUAUUGACGAGAAUGCAGAGCCCAGUUUGAUUGCUCGUAAAAAGAUGAUCGGUGUAAUAAAAAGUAGAGAUGUUACAGUAGAAUGGAUAGGAGAACCUUUGGCAUCAGAUCAAAAUAGAACUUUCUACUCUGAAGUGGCACUUGACUCAGAACACAUAGCAUUAAAUGAUUAUGUUUUCAUUGAAUCUGUUGAUUCUUCAGUGCCUGUCCAAAUUGUAAAAGUUAUUUAUAUGUGGGAAACGAAAUUGAACCUUAAAAUGUUCCAUGGCACUUGGUUAUGGAGAGGCAGUGAAACUGUUCUAGGAGAAACUUCAAGUAGUAGUGAAGUCUUUUUGGUGGAUGAUUGUCAAGAUGUUCCUAUCUCAUACAUAAAAUCAAAAGCUACUGUUGUUCAUAGAAGUACUCCAGAGAACUGGAGUGAAUUAGGCAAUGAAGCUGUUAAUACCAGUAUGGAUGAUUCAAAAGAAGAUAUUGCAUCAUUUUACUAUCAGAAACGAUAUGAUCCCUAUACUGCUAGAUUUGAAGACCCACUGCCAGAUUUAGUUUGUCCUCCGGGUUUGAAAUAUCGUUUCUGUGCAUCUUGUACUCGCAGUACCUACACACAACAGAGAAAUAGGCCACAUGUUAUGGACAAGCUAGAAGAAAUAAGCAGGAAAGAAGUUCUCUAUGGUCUUGUGAGAUUCAAAGAUGAGGAGUACAGAGUUGGCAGUGCUGUAUACUUACAACCAAAAACGUUUGCUUUUAAAUACCCUGUUCCAUAUCAAAACCCUGUUAAACCUCCAAAACGUGAAGUAGACGAAGAGCGAUAUCCGGAAUACUAUCGUAAAUUUCAUGAUCGAAUCAAAGGAUCAAAUUAUGAUACCCCGGACCCUUUUGAUAUUGGUUAUAUUACACGUAUAUAUGCUACAACAAAUGUCAAACUACUGGCUGCUAGUACUUUACAAAUUAGAGUGAAAAAGAUGUAUCGUCCUGAGAAUACUCUAAGGGAAUCUGCGAAGGUCCAUUCUGAUAUUAACCUGCUUUAUUGGAGUGAAGAAGAAGUGGAUGUUCCUUUCAAUUGUGUCAUGGGAAAGUGUUACUUGGCUUAUGCUGAAAAUUUGGAAUCUGUAGAAGAGUGGACUGAUGCAGGUCCCAAUAGGUUUUACUUUUCUCAAAUGUAUAAUGAUAAAACAAGCGAAUAUGAUGAACCGCCUCCGAAAGCUUGUAACAUUGGUGCGCUUGGUAAGCAAACAAAUAAAAUAAAGUCAAAAAGUAAAAGAGCUGAAACUCAGCCAUUGGAAGUUCCUCCCAAGUAUCCAGAAAUAAAAAAUAAACUGCGCACAUUAGAUGUUUUUGCUGGUUGUGGAGGUUUGUCUGAAGGAUUACAUCAAGCUGGCAUAUCUGAUACUAAAUGGGCUAUUGAAGUUGAUGAUGCAGCAGCACAUGCUUUUAGAUUUAAUAAUUCAGAUUGUUCUGUUUUUACCGGAGAUUGCAAUGCAAUUCUAAAGAAAGUCAUGGAUGGAGAAACUGUACUCGGAGGUCAACGUUUACCGCAGAAAGGAGAAGUAGAAUUACUUUGUGGUGGUCCCCCUUGUCAAGGAUUUAGCGGAAUGAAUAGAUUUAAUUCUAGAGCCUACUCAUUGUUUAAAAAUUCUCUCGUAGUAUCGUACCUGUCUUAUUGUGAUUACUAUAGACCCAGAUUUUUUAUCAUGGAAAAUGUCAGAAAUUUUGUUAGUUUCAAAAAAAGCUUGGUACUUAAAUUAACCUUGAGAUGUUUGAUCCGCAUGGGUUACCAAUGUACUUUUGGAGUACUUCAAGCUGGAAACUUUGGCGUUCCUCAAACGAGAAGAAGGAUGUUCAUAAUUGCUGCUGCACCAGGUGAAGUGCUGCCAAAGUUCCCUAAUGCUCUUCAUGUGUUUAGCAAAUCGGCAUGCAAUUUGAAUGUUGUUGUAGAUAAUAAGAAGUACUUCCCCAUGUAUGAUUGGUUAGACGCAGCACCAUACAGAGUUACCACCAUUAAAGAUGCUUUGUCGGAUUUACCAUUAAUUAAAAGUGGAAAAGGUGAAGAGUUGAUGCGUUACGGCAGUGAACCAGCCACGCAUUUCCAGAGAAAAGUAAGACGCGGACUCGACGAUGGCUCAUUGUUUGAUCAUAUGUGUAAAGAUUUGGGUCCAAUGUCUGAGGCUCGAAUGGCUCACAUUCCGACUGCUCGUGGUUCCGAUUGGCGGGAUUUACCAAACAUUUCAAUCCCGUUAUCAGACGGAACUUACACAAAUAAAUUAAAAUAUAAUUACCACGAUAAAAAAAGUGGUAAAAGUUCGACUGGAGCUUUCAGAGGUGUUUGUGCUUGUGCCACUGGCAAAACGUGCAACCCACGAGAUAGGCAAGAAAAUACAUUGAUCCCGUGGUGCCUUCCACAUACCGGUAAUCGUCACAAUCACUGGGCUGGACUUUAUGGUAGAGUAGAAUGGGAUGGUUUCUUUAGUACAACUAUAACAAAUCCUGAACCUAUGGGCAAACAGGGUCGAGUAUUACAUCCAGAACAAACAAGAGUUGUAAGUGCGCGCGAAUGCGCGAGAUCUCAAGGUUUUCCGGAUAGUUUUCGUUUUUAUGGAAGUUUACAAGAUAAGCACAGACAAAUUGGUAAUGCAGUACCUCCACCACUAGCUUGUGCAGUUGGGUUAGAGAUUAAGAAGGCGGUUAGUCAAGUCGAAGCAAGAGUUAAGGAAGAGAUGGUAAAGGAAGAGGUAGUAAAGGAAGAGGUAUUAAAGGAAGAGGUAGAGCUUGUAAAAAAAGAGGAGCCAUGAAUUAACUUUAAUUAUGGAUGCUAAUGAAUAUGUACUUUUAAGUUUAAUUUUAUACAGUAUUAGGUUGACAUUAACAUUUUUAUGUGAGCAGGUUCGACUUUGUUCAUUACUUU